CGUCACUACCCAAUGAAAGAAUAGAACUGCCUUCAUAGACCCUGGAAUUGGCUUAUCCCUUCUAAUAACAGCAUGGAGGGGGCGGGGGAUAGCCUAUCACGUGCUGCGGGACGGAACGGGGCGGGGUAAGCCACUGGUUGCGGGAUGCGCUGGGCGCGCGGCGCGCAGGCGCCCUGGGGACCCGGUAGCGGUGGCGGUGGUGGCUGCGGUGAAGGCAGUGACUCCAUCUCUGGCCGGAGUGGGAGACGGCGGUGGCGGCUAUGGCGGCAGAUGGAGAGCGUUCCCCACUGCUCUCUGAGCCUAUCGACGGUGGCGCCGGCGGCAACGGCUUAGUGGGGCCGGGUGGGAGUGGGGCUGGGCCUGGGGGAGGCCUGACCCCCUCCGCACCACCGUAUGGAGCCGGUAAACAUGCCCCGCCCCAGGCAUUUCCCCCAUUCCCGGAUGGACACCCAGCUGUGUUACCUGGGGAAGACCCACCCCCGUACUCACCCUUGGCCAGCCCGGAUAGUGGGAGUGCCCCCAUGAUCACCUGCCGAGUCUGCCAGUCUCUCAUCAAUGUGGAAGGCAAGAUGCAUCAGCAUGUAGUCAAAUGUGGCGUCUGCAAUGAAGCCACUCCUAUCAAGAAUGCACCCCCAGGGAAAAAGUAUGUUCGAUGCCCCUGUAACUGUCUCCUUAUUUGCAAAGUGACGUCCCAACGGAUUGCCUGUCCUCGGCCUUAUUGCAAAAGAAUCAUCAACCUGGGUCCCGUGCAUCCAGGACCACUGAGUCCAGAACCACAACCUGUCGGUGUCAGGGUUAUCUGUGGACAUUGCAAGAAUACUUUCCUGUGGACAGAGUUCACAGACCGGACUUUGGCACGUUGCCCACACUGCAGAAAAGUGUCAUCUAUUGGGCGCAGAUAUCCAAGAAAGAGAUGUGUCUGCUGCUUCUUGCUUGGCUUGCUUUUGGCAGUCACUGCCACUGGCCUUGCUUUUGGCACAUGGAAGUAUGCACGGCAAUAUGGAGGUAUCUAUGCAGCCUGGGCAUUUGUCAUCUUGCUGGCUGUGCUGUGUUUGGGCCGGGCCCUCUAUUGGGCCUGUAUGAAGGUCAGCCACCCUGUCCAGAACUUCUCCUGAGCCCACCAUGAUCCACAGACUGUGUCUGGCCCCUCCCUGGUGGGGACAGUGACACUACAAUGGGAGCUGGAGUAAAGAACUCCAUGGGCUUCCAUAAGGGAAGCCAAGCAGCUGCCUUCCUUUUCCCUGGGGAGAGGUAGGAAGGAACCAGGCCCUCACUUAGGUUUGGAGGGGUAGAUAAGACCACUGAUGGCCAUCUGCUCUCCUCCAAGGGUUGCUGUGUUUGAGGGUGAAGUAGUUGCAAUGUUGCCCCUAAAUGUGGGCUCUAAAAAACGGUUGUCACCUUGUCCUUCCUAUAUGCUCCCCGAGAGCCAUUCCUGUCCCUUAUACAUUCCAGGGCAGGGUUGGGGUGGGUAGCCCUGGGGGUUUCCCUCCCUCGUGUACACCAUUAGGACCUUGCUGCUGCUAUUGCACUUCACCAGGGGCUGGCUCUGGCCUCAGUCCCCUCCGUCUCCUCUCCCCCCAUUCCAUGUCCUGUGGGGGUGGGGUUAGCCGCUGCUCUGUACAGAACCACAGGAACGGAUGUAUAUAUAACUAACUAUUUAAUGUGGGGGUAUGUUCCCCUAGUCCUGUAUGUCCUUUAAGUCCUCCUUCCAACCUUAUUGACCCCAGUUGCAGUAUCCAUCUGGGCUGGGCAGGGUUGCCGUCUUGGGGGAGGUUAGGGAUUCAACUAUGCUUGUAAAUAAAUGAGGUCAUGACUCUACUCUU